UCGCAAUCUUGAUAUUGAUCUUGAUCUUGUCUUGAUCUUGCCCUCUCCAUCUUCUUGAUCAGAGCUCGACCUCUAUACACAAUGGCGCCCGCACUCCAAAUAUCUAUCCCGACAACGUCAACGGGCGAAGAAGGCGGCAAGGCCUACACCCGCUAUCACAUCCAGCUUGCGCUCCCUAUUCGCACCCAUGAGACGCUCAAACGCUACUCGGACUUCACGACCCUCCACGACAACUUGGUCUCCCAAACCGGCGCCGCACCUCCUGUCUCUUUGCCGCCGAAAUCCUGGCUCCGUCGCACCGUCGACAACCCGACUUUGACCGAACAACGCCGCCGCGGUCUUGAAGCCUACGUACGAGCCAUCGUCGACGCCCAAGAUGCACGCUGGCGCUCCUCCACCGUAUGGCGCCACUUCCUCUCAUUACCCCAAGACGACAAGGCCUCAAGGUUACAACAACAAAAUGACUCUGUCACCGACCCCUCCGCAUGGCUAGACCUCCACCGCGACGUCAAGAACCAACUCCACACUGCAAGGCAACUGCUCAAGAAGCGAGACGCCGCAGCCACAGCACAAGAACAACACGCCAUUUCCGCAGACGCAAAAGCAAAUCUAGUCCGCGCAGCAACCGGUCUAGCCCGCCUCGACGACGCCCUCACCAAACUCUCAAAAAGGCCCAAAGACUCCUCCGACGACGAUGGCGGAUGGGACCAAUCCUCCCUAGGCGAACGCGAACUCCGCCGCAGAGGUGACAUGCUGGCCUCUGCCCGCGCCGAAACCGAAACUUUAGAAAGCACUCUCAAAUCUCUAGUCGUCAAACCUCAAGGCAGCAUGCUCUCCGCCUCCACCUUCGCCGCCUCAGCGUCCGAAACAGACAAACGCGCCCUCUGGGGCGACACCCCCACUGCAACUGCUAGAUCCUCCCGCCGCGUUCUAGGUGGCCCAGCCCAAGAAACUGAUCGCACGCGCGAAUUAGACAACCAAGGUGUCUUGCAAUUACAAAAACAAGUCAUGGGUGAGCAAGAACAAGAUGUUCUUGAGAUCGGCAAAGCGGUGACGAGGAUGAAGGAGAUGGGAAUUAUGAUCAAUGAGGAAUUGGUCGUGCAGAAUGAGAUGUUGAGUAUGAUGGAUCAGGAUGUGGAUAGAGUGCAAGGGAAGAUCGAUGUCGCCAAGAAGAGGAUCAAGAAGAUUCACUGAGCGAGGAGAGAGAGAGAGAGAGGAGUCGUGUUUUCUGGUUUUGCGAUAGCACUUGGAUACCCUUUGUAAUUGUUCUUUUUGGUUUGUAUAGAGUAGCAUUUCAUCUGACCACCACUUUCUUCGUCA